AUGAUGUCUGCAAAAACUCGUAGAACAAAACUGCUGGAAUUGGACCACUAUGAACCAGAGUCAAUUAUUGUUGAUGCUACAGGGGAAUUGCAAGCUAUCGAUGCCGCCAAUGAAGAAUUUGCACAGCUGCUCAUUGAUUCGGAUAGAGAGAAUGUGCUACAGCCUGACGGACUUGUAAACCAGUAUGAAAAAUACUGUCGAAAACGAGCUCAAGAGGAUCUGGAUAAUUUUAGGGAAGAUUUGGCUGUUGAUUGGAAGCAAGAAGCAGAUACAUGGGCACUUGUCUGCGCACUUUUAAGUGAUCGCUAUGGCGUGGAUGACGACUUGGAUGACAAUGGAGACCCAGUUCAGCAAGUACCGCCAAGUGUGUUUUGUAGUGAUUUUGGUCACUCGUAUGAAGUAUCUAAAGCAGUCCGUGAGCAUAUUAUUGUCAAGCAGUGGUUGGAAAGCAUUGCACCAGAGUUUCAGCCCGUUGAAGUUAGAAAGGGAUAUUAUCCACAUACCAGCAUGCAAAUUCGUGGCCAACAGCGAUUGCAGGGUGUGCCUAAUCAAUGGAAUAACGACAAUGCCCAGAUUGUAAGCGAACUUGAUCCAGAUGCACCUAGUCGCCAACACCGUCGUAUUGCUCCAGAAGAUCAGAGUUAUGAAACAGAGCUGUUACGGACUAUUUACGAAUACUUGCGUCGUGGACGACUUGCUGAUGCAUUCCAUCUUUGUCGAGCAUGCGACCAAUCUUGGCGAAUUGCCAGUAUGGGAGGUGGUGCAUUUCGUGAUGACCCAUUUGUUGAUGGGGUCAAGGACACAGAUGUGGGAGUAUUCGAAGGAAACGAAAAUCGCGUAUUAUGGAAAGCUAUAUGCUAUCAGAUCGCAUUGGAUGACAAUACACAGUUAUAUGAGCGUGCCAUCUAUGCUGUUUUGGCGGGUGACAUUAAAAAUGCUUUGCCUGCUUGUCACACUUGGGAGGACCAUAUUUGGGUGCGAUACCACGCAAUGAUUGAAUCACUGACCAGCAAGUCUUUGAGUGACAUUCCCACUCCAUUUUUAACAAAUCAGGAACUUUGCUUACCACUGCCACAUAUUAGUGUCGAACCACAUAUAAUUUUCACCGAGCUGUCUAAAAGUGAAAAUGCUCGCAUUAGCCAAGAAGCAGCUGAGCCUUUUCAUAUUAUCCAGGCCCAUUUGAUUCUUGACUCUCUGGAUAUGCUUUUUGCAAGUUUGCAUGUUCAGCUUGUUGAGAUGGAGCGUGAUACCAACACACCAUCCAUUUUUGGACUAUCAAGCGUGUUGCGAUUUACCGCACAUUUGAUUCUUUUGCUUCGUGGAAUGGGUAUUUCAGGAUACGCUGAAAAUUCCGAGCAUGUCGACUUUUUAUUGAGUAGAUAUAUUCAUAUGCUGCACGUUGCAGGCAAGGGUGAUUUAAUUGCCAUGUAUGUUGCGUACUUGCCUAGCGAGAUGCAAGUGGACUGCUAUUCCUCCUUUUUACAAGAUGUGGACGACGAUCUUCAGAUUCGAUGUGCUCUUGUGACUGCUGGAAUCGAUUGCAUGCUAGAUAUGCCACGAAUAUGUCGAAUGACAGUUGAAAAAAUAUUCCGACGAUCUAGUGUGAUGGACAAAUUAGAACGCGAAGUGCCAUUGGUGACUCUGUGUGGUACUGCAGAUACUGUGCCUGAAUCUGACCUGCUGUUGAUUCGUGCUCUCGAGUGGCUUGAUAUGGAUGAUAUGCAACUCGAGGACCGACUUGAUCAUGCAAAUUUGUUGGCAAGGCACUUUUUAAUUCAGGGACAUGUGCAAUCGGUAUACCGCUUGGUGCAAGAUAUCGGACUGCCGAUUGAAAACUUUCGUGUGCUGAUGGCCAAGAAUGCCAAGCUAUUUAAAUUGGGUACCGAAUGGCUGCAGAACCAAUCUUUGGUAGAAUGUCUUUCAAAUCAAGCAAAAUGGUCUUUUUUAUUUUUCCAGCAAAAGCCGCAAGUCAAAGACGAUAAGCCUACUCACAAGACUUUAGAGUGGCAAGGAAAAGUAAAGAGUCUCACUACAGAUACGGUCAAGAAAAUGCGAGUGUUGCUGGAAAAUUUUUCAGCACCAGACUAUUUGGACGAGUUUGACAGUGUAGCAAGCCAACGUACCUUGGAGAUGGAAAUCAUCAAGGGGAUUUAUGUACCGGAAUUGGUGAUGUGGAUGCAUCAGAUUUUAAUCCAAACGCAUCGAAUCAUACCAGGAAAUCUUGAACAGAGUCUUGAAUUGGCGAACCUAGUUGCUGGGCUCGAUCAUGAUGGACUGUAUGAACAGUUUAAGCGAUCGAAUAAACUUGGAUUGUUUAUGCGUGCGAUGCGUGAAUCUGCCCUGUUGCUGUUGUCUCAAAACAAGCAAGAGCUAUUUUCCCAAUAA